AUGGUUGCCAUUCAGAAUAAGGAGGAAAUCAACUGUCUCAAUAACUUCUUGCCCUUCAGUCCGGGUUACUACUGGAUUGCAAUCAGAAAAAUUCAUGAGGUAUGGACCUGGAUCAGAACUAACAAAGAACCAACAGAAGAGACAGAAAACUGGGCUUCUGGUGAGCCAAAUGGCAAAGGGAACAAUGAGAACUGUGUUGAAACCUACAUCAGAAGAGGAAAGGAUGAUGGCAAAUGGAAUGAGGAAAAGUGUGAGAAAAAGAAGGUUGCCUGUGCCACACAUGGCCAUGGAGAAUGCAUAGAGACUAUUAACAACCACAGCUGCCACUGUCACCCUGGAUUCUAUGGGCCUGACUGUGAGUUUGUUGAGACUUGUGAUCCGCUGAGGAAACCUGAUCAUGGGAGCCUGCAGUGCAGCCAUCUGUUGGAGAGCUUCAGCUACAACUCAUCCUGCACAGUGCAGUGUGAGGAAGGAUAUGAACUGACUGCACUGGCAUCUGUAUGCUGUACCUCUUCUGGACUCUGGUCUGCCUGCCUUGCAGCAUGCCAAGCUGUGACCUGUCCUGCCUUGGGAAAGCCUGCUAAUGGAGCUGUGAACUGCUCCCACCCCUCUGUGGAGCUGACCUGAGGUGCCACCUGUGAGUUCACUUGCGAGGAAGGGCUCACCCUGACAGGAGCAGCCACACUGCAUUGUGGGUCUCCUGGGGCCUGGAACAAGCAGCAGCCAUCCUGUGCAGCUGUGAGAUGUGAGGCUGUAGGUAGGCUAGAAGGAGGCUUUGUGACCUGUGGCCACGCUGCUGCAGAUCUGAGCUCUGGUUCACGUUGUGAUUGCUGCUGCAAGGAGGGCUGUGUUCUGGAUGGCCCCUCCAGCACGGAGUACACAGCACAGGGACAGUGGUCAGAGCCAGCACCAAAAUGCAAAGUUGUGCAGAGUGAACCACUGAGGACUCCUGAGAAGGGCUCUGUGGAUUGCUCACAUGGUGCUGGGAACUUCACCUGCAACACAGCCUACCUCUUCAGCUGUCUAGAAGGACGGAAGCUCAGUGGCUCUCGUGUUCUUGAGUGCAGCCCGUCAGGAAACUGGAGUGCCAGUCUGCCUACAUGUGAAGCUUCUGAACAAGCCAGCUACAUCUGUGGCAUAGCAGCCACCAGUGCCUCUCUGGUGUCCACAGCAUCAUUCCUCCUUUGGCUUGCAAAACGUUUCCAAAGAAAAGUGAAGAAAUGUACUCCUUCCAGCUGCCACAGCCUAACCACUGAAUGCAGCUUCCAUAAGUGCUGGCCAGAAUGUCUGACUCCAGGUGUUUCAGAACCGAAGCCAUCUUUUCUUACAUCUCAGGGUUCUGGAGAAUGAAACUGUGUGCAAAUCAGCAGCUGGCCAGAUGUUUCUACCUCUUGCUGACAAGAUGAUUGACCUUCUGUAUUGUUCAGAAAUGUUGAGCUCAAGCUGUCUAGUAUUUCCCUUGGAAACGAGCAGACAGUAAGACUCUGCUCUUCUGGCAAAAUGCUGUCUACAUUCAGUCAUGUAGUUAUCACAGCUGGGAUCUUGCCAUCUCUUGUCCAGAUGGUGAGCAAAUAGUAAGCUGCUGCCCAAGGAGGAGGCUGGUUUCUCCUCUGAUCUACUCAAAGGUACCUAAGUGAGGUGAAGAUGUGCAUGAAUUCACAUCACUUACUACGCUGCCAGAAAUGUCCUCUCUGGAGGCAAUAUGGGCUGGAACUGCAGAAAUGGAAUAAGCAGGAUGAAAAGAUACUCACUGAGCAGCUUGGAAAGCAUCCAUCUGUUGUCACAGUCAGUUUAUUUGAAGAGUACAUCCCAGGCAAUAAAUGUGCCUCUAAUGCUAUGGGCAGUUGUUUGGGUUUCUGCUGCAUGUCCCAAAAAGCUUAGGGACUUUAAACUCUUCUUUAAUGGUAAUAGCACUAGGAAUCAUAGUGCUUAUAUGAGGUACUCUGGUUUCUGAAUCCAGCAAAUAGAUCUGAAGCAACCUCACCCCUGUGGGACUCUGCACUGCAAUGGGGGUGAAUACAUAAAUGUUUAAGUCUGCAGUUUUUACUGUGGACAUGUUUGUGCCGUUGACAGUAACUGUGUUGUAAAAGACUGGUUCCUGAGUAGGUCUGUGGCAGUUGAUCUGGGCCCAGGUAAAUGUAAGGUAGUUGAGAGGUGUGUGUGUGUGUGUAUUUCAUGCCUGCAUAUUAUUUACAAAUAAAAUGGAAGUCUGUUUUAUUACUCUGUUGAAAGACUUUGAACAAGAGUUUUUUUUAAGAUAUAUUUAAGUUACAAUGCUAAUAAAUUAAAGCCCUCUGACUUAAAAUCUGAUCUGUACUACCCUGUUUGUAACAUUUAAUAAAAUACACUGUAUAUAAUG